AUGGCUACCCAAACCUCAUUCUAUGUAAUAGUUCUAUUCAUUUCCUUAGCAACAUUGUUUUUCUUCCAAGUGAACUCAACUCAAACUGAAACCACUUCCUUUUCCAUCCCAAAGUUUGUCUCAGACCAACCAAAUCUAAUCUUCCAAGGCAGUGCCUAUGCCUCAAACGAGAAGUUGACACUGACCGAGGCCGUAAAUUACAAUGUUGGCAGAGCUCUCUAUUCCGCACCUAUCCAUAUUUGGGAUAGCAAAACCGGCAACGUUGCUGAUUUUACAUCUUCCUUCACCUUUGUUAUAAAUGCAGCUGGAAAUUCUAUGAUUGCCGACGGAUUAACCUUCUUCAUUGCACCUGAAGAUACUCAGCCGGGUAACUAUGGUGGGUAUCUCGGAGUUUUCAACAGCGAAGAUUAUAAUAAAACUAUUCAAACUGUUGCGGUUGAGUUUGACACUUUCCAAAAUCUUGAGUGGGAUCCAAGUUACAUACAUAUUGGAAUCGAUGUUAACUCUAUAAAAUCCAUAAGUACUGCACCAUGGAUUUUGCAGAAUGGUGAAGAGGCUAAUGUUGUGAUAAGUUUUAAAGCUGCUACAAAUGAAUUAACUGUUUCGUUAACUUAUCCUAAUUCAGUUAGUUAUACCCUUAGUGGCGUUGUUGUGCCUUUAAAGGAUGUUGUUCCUGAGUGGGUUAGGGUAGGUUUGUCAGGUUCCACUGCAUUAGAACUUUCAGCACAUGAAGUUCUUUCAUGGUCUUUUCAUUCUGUGUUGGGUGGAACUUCAAGUUCUAACCAAGCUGCAGCUGCAUAGUUUGCAGCUUCUCAUCAUCAUGCAUGUUAUAUCUUGUGUGAUAGAUCUAACUUCUAUAAAUAAACUGCACAUGUAUAAUUAAGCAGUACUUGUAAUGGUUUUUUCUAUGUCAGUUGUAAUGUUAGCUAUCAUCUAUGUCA